GCUAGGGCUUGCUGACCAGCUGUUCCCAUCAGUUUUCAUUUCAAUAUCAGUGGCCUCACAUUGAAAGCAUGCUGCGUAGUGUUAGUAUUACUGGUGUUUGUGUUGUGGGCGUCUAUUUGACACAUUCGCCAAACUGUGUGCACUAACUAGAUAAGCGUUUGAAUGUAAACAGUAUUAAAAAAGAUAUGUUUCUCUAAUGUGUAAAAUCAACACGACCUAGUCUGGUCUACUCAGUUCAUCAUUGCCGCUUCGUCGUUCUAAUUAGAAUCCUCAACCACCAAAAAGGAUUAAAUUGCAUGUGCUGAAAAUAUAAAUGCCGUCGUAGCAAAGAACAUAUGCAAUAUUUACGAGCAAACGCGUAAUGCUGACACCUGCAAUUUUAUUUGGAAUACGAGAAACGUGAUCGCGUCAACUACAAGUGGAUGUGUGUACUCGUGUAUGUGUGCAACAACUUGAAAGAAUAUUUAAACUAUUCUCAUGCUGGUAAUUGCACGGUUUGUGAAUUAAAUAAACAAUAUUUUGGAAUUAAGUGCAUACAACUUGCAAAUCAUAAAGAAUCGCCGCCAUCUAGUGGAAAUUUCCGACAGCCCAAAUUGAAAGCCAAAACUAAUUGGCAUUUGAUGAAUCGCUGUUAAUAGGAAUCGAAAAUUAAGGAAACCGAAACGAAUUGAAACGGAACGAAACGAAUCAGCAGUGAAAAUGAAGGUUAACAUCGAUAAGGACUUGGUGCCCAUGAAAGCCCAUUACUUUCUCUUCAAUGCCGGAACCGCACCCGUUGUACCCUUUAUGCCACAACUGGCGACGCAGCUGGGAUACUCCUCGGUUGUCGUGGGCACCAUGUACAUGAUCUUGCCUAUUAUUGGACUCAUAGCUAAGCCACUCUUUGGCUAUAUAGCCGAUCGUUACCAUCAGCAUCGCCUCCUUUUCCUGGGCGGACAGGCGCUCACCGCUGUGGCCUUCUUUCAGAUCAUGUUUGUGCCAGCCGUGGAUCAGGAGACGCAGUUCCAUUGCCACGCCGGCGUCUCCUCCAUACGCUACUGUUCCAACUACGCCGCUGACACGGAGCAGCAGCUGGAAACACACUUUGCCAAUCGAACGUUGAGCUGCCAAAUGCGCUGUCAAAUGGUGCCUCCAAUGUGGGACAUUGUGUGCAACAAUUGGCUGCAAAAUAAGACGCAAAGUUGCCAGACGAACAGCAGCAAAUCGUGGAUUGACUUUGACACCUAUAUCAGCAUGAAUGACGUAAUUGACGAGCCAAUGUUGAAUGGCAAGGGAAGAUGCCUUAACUUUCUGAUACCGCACGACAGGGGCGUGGUGGACGCACAAAAUGUGACACUCUAUUGCCCCAAGGAGAAUGAUAUAUUCCGGCCCAAAUGCCAGAUGAAUUGCAAUGACUCGUACUUGGAGAAAAUGUUGCCCGCCAGCAGGGAGCUUAACAUGAGCAGUGCAAUGGCCAAGCCAGAGUUUUGGUUCUUCUUUGGCAUGCUCAUCAUCAGCUGGGCGGGCAUGGCUGUUGUGGUGAGCAUUGGCGAUGCAAUCUGCUUUGGCCUGCUGGGCGAGCGUCAUCAUCUGUAUGGAAAGCAACGUUUGUGCGGCUCUUUGGGUUGGGGAGUCUUUGCUGUGAUCGCUGGUCUGCUUGUGGAUGCCAUGUCGAAGGACGGUUCAGAUGUUAAGAACUACACAAUUGUCUUCUGGAUGACGCUUGUUAUAUUGGGAUUCGAUAUGCUCGCUUCCACCAAAUUGAAGCACACUCAGACGCACAUGUCGUCCAAUAUUUGGAAGGAUGUGGGCCAAAUGUUCCUCUCGUUGCGUUGUGUCGUCUUCUUUCUUUGGUGCGUGGCCAUUGGCCUGGGCACUGCGCUUAUUUGGAACUUUCUGUUUAUCUACUUGGAGGAGCUGGCGAAGCCCUUCGAUGAGGGAAACUAUAUAAAGACGCUAGAAGGUCUAGUCAUGGGCAUCCAGUGCUUUGGUGGUGAGCUGCCGCUCUUCUUUCUGUCCGGCUGGAUACUGAAGCGUAUUGGACAUGUGAAUGCUAUGAGCCUGGUUCUGUUUGGCUUUGGUGUGCGAUUCAUACUGUACUCGAUGCUCCAGAAUCCUUGGUAUAUACUGCCCAUUGAGCUGCUCAAUGGUGUCACGUUUGGCCUCUUCUACGCCACCAUGGCUUCGUAUGCCAGCAUUGUGGCGCCUCCAGGCACGGAGGCAACCAUGCAGAGUCUUGUGGGUGCCAUCUUUGAGGGUGUCGGCGUGUCUAUUGGCAGUCAAAUUGCCGGCCAGCUCUUUGAUGCUGUCAGUGCUCGGACUACGUUUGAGAUCUUUGGCAUUGCCGCCUUCAUUAUCUUCAUCAUUCACGUCUGCGUCCAAAUGUAUCUGCAGCGCAAUGUCCCCUAUGAAAAUGGUAAGGGUAGGUCAUCAACAGCCUCUGCUCCAGCUUCGGCUUCCGCUUCCGCCUCGCCGCCCACGACGGUGACUAACACUGCCAAUGAAAUGCAUACUGAUAGCCCAACUAGCCCUAAGAACCUUGAUGACUUUAGAGACGUCGACUUGAGCUGAUCAACGAAUUUAUAGCAAUUUUGUCUUAGAUACAGAAGAGAUCCCUGUACAAUUAUACUCGUAAAAGGACUUGAAUACUUAAUUCAAAUCUGACGCUACAAACAACAAAAAAUAUAUAUGAAUUUAUGUGACUUAAGCAGAAGAUUAUUGCCAGAGUCUGACGUAGGUUAGCAUCAUCAAAUGAAAUGAAAGAAACGUAUGAUAUUAUUCACACUUGAAUCCUGAAACAAUUGAAGAUUAUAUAAAAAGGCUAUAGUUUCUAGAUUAUCAUCAAUUCAAGCUGUGCUCAAAUAGUAUUUAAAUUAAGAGUAAAGCUCAAAGAGGUUUCGAUUCCCACAGUUCCUCAGCUCUUUAAUCACAAGAUAUUUAAGCAGGGCUUAAUUCAGCGUUAUUCGAUUAAAGAGAAUCAUUAGAAAAAGGCAGCUAAAUUAUGAGAGAUUAACAUUAAACAUUUAUAAUAAACAAUUUACCAAUAUAACUACAUAAUAGGAACCGACACAUGCUCUAUCUUAAUACACAACACCAUUUUUUAUGUUUAGUACAAAUCACUUUGUAUACGAUCUUAAGUUCUUGCAAAUUUUCUUGCCAUUAAUCUGUGAAACACAAAAAUAAAAUUGGAAAUUUAAAAGCCAUACAUUACUUUUUGGUUUA